AGCAGCAAUGUCCCAUUGAGGGACGUCAGUGAUGGAAGGCUUUACAAGCACCUGAGGAAGGACGCAUCUUGGUGGGACCUCUCCCUUACUUUUAACACCGAUGGUGCCAGAGUAUUCAAGAGCAGCAAAUGCACACUGUGGCCUAUACAGGCAGUUAUAAAUGAACUUCCUGUCGCAGUGCGGUGGAGCCAUGUCUUACUCUGUGGACUUUAUUUCGGAAAGGGCCACCCGAAAAUGCAGCCAUUUCUUCAAGUAUUUGCCGACGCCAUCAAUGAGCCAGUAACGGUAAACUGGGAAUGUGAUGGACAAGUUUUCAAGUCCAGAAUACGGGCAAUCUGCUGUUGUGUUGACGCUCCUGCAAGGGCUGCUGUGCUCAACAUGAAGCAGUUCAAUGGGUACUACGGAUGCAGCUACUGCCACCAUAAGGGUGCCCUUGUUGGUCGCACUGUGAAGUACCCAGGCAGUGGAGCACUGCCAACAGCACGGACAGACAGCACCGUAAGAAAGGACAUGCAGCUUGCAGCAUCAACUGGAGGGCUGUCUCACGGAUUCAAAGGGCACUCUCCUCUUGCCCGCCUGCAUAACUUUGACCUUGUCUGGAGUGUUUCUCCUGACUAUAUGCACUGCGUCUUGGAAGGAGUUUGUAAGCAGCUGGCCGAGGCCUGGUUUGGAGCACCAAGAUCUGCUGCAUAUAUUGGUGAGCCCUCUACUGUGCGACAGGUGAACUUCAGGCUUCUUGGCAUGACACCACCACAGUGGGUAACAAGACUACCACGCGCUACUGAGGAGAGAGCACUUUGGAAAGCUAGCGAGUGGAAGUGGUGGCUUCUCUUCUACGCUGUGCUAUGCCUGGAUGGCAUUUUGCCUGAUACGUAUCAUGAGCAUCUGUCUUUACUUGUGUCUUCUGUUUAUCUUCUACUGAAGGAUCUGUUGUCAAGGAAGAUGUCUGCAAAGCUAUGGACGGCAUUUCAAGCUUUGUUAUCCGCGCUCAGGAGCUCUACAGUGAAGCAGCAAUGA